UGCCAUUUAUCAUCCAUCCAUCCAUUCAUCGGCGGCAAAGGUCUCUGCUGUUUUGCUUUUGGCGGACUGUUGGCGGUUUUGCUGUCUCUGAAAAAAGAACUUUAUGACUGAAAAUACGGCAGAUUUUAUUGAUGUUGUAGAAAAUUUAGUGUUUGUGCCAGGUGUGGACCAGCAAGAUUAACGGGACCGUGCUAGACCAGUGAGCGUUCGCGGCGUAAACACUGCUGUCUCAUGUGCUGAUGACUGAUGAGCACGCGACUGAUGAGUGCUGUUCAAGUCAUUACCCGAUACUUCCUUCGGAUGCACUAAACACGAUCAACUAUGGGCGUGCUAAUGAACACCUCUCAGAACAGCAAACUUAUCUUGUUUGUGCAGAAGCAAUGCAACCGCAUCUGCUUUCUGAGCUAUGUCGCCGGCGUCGUUUGCUUCGCCCUUCUAGCGUGGGACGGUUGCAACAACAAGACAUAUUUCUCCGAAAACGCCCUAUUGCCCGGCUUAGUUCAAAGGCGAUUUCGUCUGUCUGAAGCUGCAAGGGAUAUUCUGGAAAGCCUAAAAGAAGAGGCGCAAAAUCAUGCAAGCUUACCUUUACCUUGGCUCCUUGGCCAGUUUCGCCAGUUGGGACUCGACGUUUACCGUCAUAACUUCAGUCUCCACUACCCCCUAGGAUCAAAACCGACACACACUGGGGAGAAUGUUUACGCCAUCUUGCGAGCCCCACGGGCUGCCAGCACGGAAGCUGUGGUGCUCUCAUCGCCCUACCGCACCGAGGACAAUCUACACGGCUCUUCUCUACCUGGCAUUGCUCUUAUGAUUGCAAUGGCCAAGUAUUUCAGAAUGCAAGGUUUCUGGGCCAAAGACAUCAUCUUUCUGGUGACUGAACAUGAACUGGUGGGAUUCCAAGCCUGGCUGGAUGCCUAUCAUGACAUGCACACAUCACCUGGUGUGAUCGACCCGGGUGUGCUGAAUGGCAGGAGUGGACCCAUUCAUGCCGCUAUCAAUUUGGAGUUGCACACUGACCGCAUCAGGCGCCUAGAUUUGAAGCUGGUGGGACUCAACGGCCAGUUGCCAAACCUGGACCUUUUCAACCUUGUUGUUGAGCUGUGCUUGCGUGAGUCGGUGCACACAACAUUCCAUGAUCAGGUAUCUCCUUACGAGACGGAAUCGUUCGAAGGCUGGAAGCAGUCAUUCAAGACUAUGGCGGCCAUGAUGGCAGCCCAGGCCAGUGGGCUCCCCAACGGGGGCCACGGCCUCUUCCACCGCUAUGCAAUCCAAGCUCUCACGCUGGAAGGUCAUGGUGAUGGUGAGGCUGCGGUUAGGGUGGGCUUCUACGAAAUUGGACGGGUCCUCGAGGGGGUCUUCUGUAGCCUGAACAACCUCUUGGAGAGAUUCCAUCAAUCAUUCUUCUUCUACCUGCUUCCCUCCACACGGAGAUACAUUUCCAUUGGCCUGUAUAGUCCAGCUCUGGCUCUAAUUGCAUUGCCUACUUUGGUAAAGGCUGGAGUUAUUUUUUUGUCUCUCAAUGCUGAACCCAAGGAUGGAAAGAAGAUGAAUAUGGAGGGAGCAUCCCUGUGGUCCGCCCUUCCCUGUACUGCUGUCUCGCUGGGGGUGGGUCUUCUGCUGAUGGUGGCGCCUCCAUACUUGGACCAGCUGGGACAUCGGUUUCAGCUCUCCAGUCAGGACUCUUUGUACUAUGGCUAUGUCAUCACGCUGGGACUGUCCCUCCUGCUGCCUCUGUUCGUUGGAGACACUUCCAGGGGUGACAAGAAGCAUGCUCGGAAGUGCUCUCUACUGCUCAUUUUUGCUGCUGUGGUUCACCCCUUGGCCCUGGUGAACAUCUCCAUGGCGACAGUCGUGUCUCUGCUCGCCGUUCCGGUGUUGGUGACUGCAGGUGGCACAGGCAACAGGUUCUUGUUGGUUUUCCACCGACUGCUGCAGCUGCUGAUUCACCCGUUUGUGCUGAGCUUUGUGUUAAUUUUUGUGCAAGCCAUGAGCCUGGACAGUUGGCAGCCUCAUUCCAUAAGAAAUAACCUGGGCCACGCUUUCCAGGGCCACAAGAAACUUGUGAUGUUCAGUGUUGAGGACUGGCUUCUCUAUGGUAACUGGACGUUUGUCAUUUCUGCCCUGGGUCUCAUUCCUGUUUGGCUGCAAAUGUGGAUGCUCUGAGGUACUCUGGGUGGCUGAGCUGCUUUGAAAGAUUUCAGAGAAGGGUCUCUGCAUGCACAUCAUCUCAGGCUCCAUAGAAAAUCUUUGGAACACCUGUACAGGUGUGCUUAAGAUGGUUGGUAGUUUGCUUGAACUACUUAUUAGUGUAUUUUUUCUUGUGAUAUUUCUAAAGAACAUUAUGUGUUGUUUUGUGAUUCUAGACUAUUUCAGAACCAAAUAAAGGCAUAUCUUAAUCUUUA